AUGGACCAAGAUUAUGAGUUGAAUCCACUACUUUCAGAGUUAUCAUCCUUAAGAACAAAGGACAUUUCAUCCUUACCUCAGAUAAUCAGUAUACCACACUUAGUACAAGGACGAGAAAAAGAAAUAUGCAAGUUCUUGAGUUUUGUGCAGGAGACUCACUCAAUUAAGAGAAGUUUUCAACGUCUUCCUCCUAAUCUAAGACGUAGAGCUAUGUCCUAUAAUCCUUACAGAGCUCCCCAGCGAAUUAGGGCAAGAUUAAUAUAUGAGAUGAAAAAGGCACCUCCAAAACCCUCGAGAAGAGCCAAAAAAGAUAGACGAAGAAUUUUUACUUUUUCGGAAAAAUAUAAAAUGAGAAAUAGAAAUCAUAAUUUAAGACUAGAUAUUGAUAGGAUUCCGGAAGUAGUAAAUCUAGCUAACUACAAUACUACAGAUAAUGCAAAAUAUUCAAAACAUUGGGAUAUAAAUACCCAAAUAAAUCAGUACAAAUGGCUCGAAUCUCAUAUGUAUUUUUCAAAGAGAUUUUUUAUGUUUGAAGCAUUUGGCUAUAAAUUGGCUUUAUGCUCUACUGCAAAGAGAAGAAGAAAAUUGUAUAGACAAUUAUCUCACAAUUGCAUUGUUCAUGAUAUGUCAUAUUUUCACCUAUAUGAAUUAAGAGGUGAAGAUAAAGAUAUAAUACUUCUACUGUCACUCUGUAAUAUUAAUAAAGCACUCUUAGAGUGCAAAAAGUAUAGAGAUGGAAACUUUAGAGGUGCUGGAUUUGCAUUCCAGUUAAAUACCGAAAUUUUAAGGAAUAUGGAUACUUUAAACCUUGAAGAUAUUUCCUCAGUUCCUUUUUUUGAUUGGGAGCGUAUAUCCCCAAUAGAAUUUGUUUGGCAGCGAAGUGAGGAUGGUUCAACUAUGGGAUGUUUUUGGUUAUGGAUACAUCCAUUAGCAUCAAUGCAACUGUUAGAUUAUCUAAAAGAAUGCAUUGGAAUAUUUAAAAUAAAUGUAUAUAUUACUUUUUUGGAAGAUUUAAAUCGUCUGGAAUUUCUUGGCCCUAAAUCACUACAAGUUCUAAAGAAACUUCUAAAUGUAUGCUUAGACAAAUCUAAAGUAUGGGAUUCUGUAGAUAUUGAUAACAUCGUAGAUUUCCCACCUGAUUCUAUCUUAUCUUUAUUAAUUUAUUUACCACUAGUAUUUACGAAAUAUAGAUCAGUAAAAUAUAGUAAAAAAUCAAGUGGUAGUCACAUAGAGUACUCAACUAAAUGGCCAGAUCAGUGGACUAGCUAUAAAGAUGUCAAAGAGUCAGUUUAUGAUGCAGAUUAUAGGAAACACUUAAGAAAUAAGUUUAUUGAAUUAAAAUAUAGAUCUAAAUAUAGAGGUCAAAUGAAUUCAAAGUGUACUUUUGGAACAUCAAACCUUAUAUCACAUGAAACAUGGAGAAGCCGAAAAAGACGCAAUAUAAGAACUCUUUUAGGACACAUAUUAUCCAGAGCCAAUUCCUCUGGUGAAAAAUUGUCUUCUAAUUCUAAAUCUAAUCAGCUUGAGGAACACAAAAGUGGACAUAUAACUAAUUUAAGCCAUUUUCAAACACCAAUAUUGCUAAUAUGUCACCAAGGAAAUCAUAUUGGAUAUGACCUAAUAAUUCCACGUGGAAUAAACUCAACAAUUUUACUAAGGUUUCUACAAUCUAUGUCUGUGCCAAUUAUUGGAAUUGAAGAGCGCAGAUUUUUAAGUCUAGAGCUAGAAAUGCCAUAUUUCCCAUUUGAUUAUAUAGAUACAUUAAGCUACUCAAAGACUAUAUGUACUAAGUAUAUUAAGUUUGAUAAAGUGAAUUCAAAGUAUAGUAAUUUUAACGAAAGGAUUGCCCUUGCUUCCUAUCUAAAUACACCCCCAAGUAAACGCAUCAAUUUCCUUUUUAAUAAGAUUCGCUAUCCCUUCAUAACUGACUGGGAAACUCUUGCAAAAAGACAUGCUAGCAGAAAUGAAACUAAUAAUGAGAGUUCUAUCACAUUUCGAAGUAAUCUAAGUUGUAUGCUCGAGUCAUUUCAGAUAGAUGAGCCAUCAACAAAUAUACAGCGAACACUUCCUAUAAAGUGGAAAAUUGUAGUCCCACGAUAUGGAUAUAGAGGUGCUACAAAUGAAUUUCGCAAUAUUUUUCAAUAUAUUGCUGCAUCCGAAAUAAACUUAGAAAAGAUUUCGAAUAUCAUGAUCCUAAUUAAAGUCUAUUCUAACCGACCAGUACUUAAAAAUUCGCAUUUAUAUUUAUGGGUUGAUGGUGACGAAGUAUUUCUGAAGGAUAACAAUGAAUUAAUUGAAAAGCCAUGCAAAAACUAUAAAUUAAGCAAAUGUCAAUAUCCUAGAGAUUCUUAUGAGAGUGUAAUGUUUAAACAAUGUUGUAUAAAAAUAAAAACUUUAAGGGAUCUGGUAGGGGUUGUAACAAACGGCGGUUAUUCUAUGAGUAAAGGAAGAGGGUUUGGCAUUGGAUAUAUUUCACUCUAUUCUUUUAUGCAGUCAUCUGAAAGUCAGAAAACAACGAGACUUAAAUUUUGGAUGAGAUAUAAAGGACUUCACUAUAUUCCCGUAGAGAUUGAACAACUAAAACAAAAUAUAUCACACUUUUGA